AGGCACGUGUGUCCCUGCGUGUAAACUACUGUUGGGGGGAGAACAAAAAUGUCUGGAGAGCCAAUACACACUGCUACGCCAACACUGUCGUUGCUACCUGGAUUUAUGCUGUUUUUCUGAAGAUUUUUGAAUAUCUCAUCGUGGAAUAUCAGACCUGUUGUUGUCUUUUUGAAGCGUAUGUAAGGUGGCCUUUAGCACCUAGAGCAACACAUCUCUGAAGAGGCGAGAAGACCAGAUACAGAGUGAAAGGAAUGUUUUUUGCUCUCACCAAGAGCUGUUUUUCUCACUCUCGCUCUCUCAAUCUCUCAUCCCAUCUGUUGGAGCACUUAUGCCAAGGCUGUUUCAUAACAAGAAAUUCACGUCUUGUGUGCAGCACUUUGAGUGACACUUUUUUUUCUCAAGAUAAUUAAAGAUACUGUUUGGUUUUUUUGGAGAGACAGUCUUUGAUUUUUGGUGUUUGUAACAUUUUACAGUCUGCACUUUGUAGAAAAAAACAAAAAUCGUCGAGGGGUUUACAGCCCCAUCCUCUUUCAACGGCUUUUGUUUUGCAGGAAGAACAAUGAAUUUCUCUCCUUAGUUUUUUUAACCAUCAGCCAACAAUCAUGAUUCACUUGUACGUACAUAGUAGUCCCACUUAAAUUACAGUUGCUCAAUUUUUCAUCUCGGCUGACCCCAGAAUCAAGCAGCCUCAUCCUACUCUAGUAUGAGUUAUGACAACUCUACAUCAACGCUCAGCAGCAGCACUCGUGGCCGAGUGGCAGGGGCUGAUGAGAAAGACCAGGAAGCCGAGUCCCAGGGAUUAAACGCGCAGACAACCAGCGGGGGACAGGCCAGCGCCAAUGUCGCCACUCAGGGGCAAGGAAGCGGCGCCGGAGGAUCUGGAUCCGAAGGCUUGUCUGGCGAUGGAAGGGGCCCUAACUCGGAUGAUAUGGACGGACUUUCCAGCGGGAACGACUCUGGGGAGAGGGAGAGCGAGGGCGGGAGGGAGAACAGGUCGCGUGGACAUCAGUCCACACGCAGCUCCCACAGUCACAGUUCAUCCAAUGGGAAGGACUCUGGCAUGAUCCUGGAGAACACAGAGAGCACCAAGAGCUCCAACUCUCAGAGUCUCUCACCUCCCAGCGGCUCACUGGCCUACAGCCUGCUGUCCACCAGUUCAGAGCAUGACCCCCCCUCCACCUCCGGAUGCAGCAGCGACCAGUCAGCGAGGGUCCAGACGCAGAAGGAGUUAAUGAAGGCCAUCAAGGAGCUGAAGCUCCGCCUGCCAGCUGAGCGCAAGACCAAGGGUCACUCCAGCACUCUAAAUGCACUCAAAUACGCUCUUCAGUGUGUCAGACAAGUCCGAGCCAACAAGGAGUACUAUCACCAGUGGAGUGUGGAGGAGUGUCACGGCUGCAGCCUUGACUUGUCUACCUUCACAAUUGAGGAGCUUGACAACAUCACCUCAGAAUACACCCUCAAAAACACUGACACGUUCUCCAUGGCAGUGUCAUUCCUGUCAGGGAAGGUCGUUUAUAUUUCGCCCCAGGGCUCGUCCCUGCUGCGCUGUAAACCCGAGUGUCUCCAGGGGACGAUGUUUUCCGAACUUCUGGCCCCGCAAGACGUCAGCACCUUCUACAGCAGCACGGCGCCCUGCCGCCUGCCCCUCUGGGCCUCCUGCAUCGGAUCUGCCUCUCCUCCGGUCGACUGUACCCAGGAGAAGUCCAUGUUCUGUCGGAUCAGCGCUAACCGGGCGCAGGGUGGUGAGAUGCGCUACUACCCCUUCCGCCUCACACCCUACCAGCUCACCAUCAGAGACUCGGAUGCUGCUGAGCCACAGCCCUGCUGCCUGCUCAUCGCAGAGAGGGUCCACUCUGGAUACGAAGCUCCUCGUAUCCCCCCAGACAAGAGGAUCUUCACCACCAGUCACACUCCCAGCUGCCUCUUCCAGGACGUUGAUGAGAGGGCAGUGCCGUUGUUGGGCUACCUGCCUCAGGACUUGGUGGGAACCCCCAUCCUGCUCUGCAUCCACCCUGAGGACAGGCCUACAAUGGUGGCCAUACAUGAGAAGAUCUUUCAGUUUGCAGGGCAGCCGUUUGACUAUACGCCCCUGCGAAUGUGCGCCCGCAGCGGGGAAUAUCUGACCAUCGACACGAGCUGGUCUUCCUUCGUCAACCCCUGGAGCAGAAAAGUGGCGUUCAUCGUAGGGCGGCACAAAGUCAGAACGAGCCCUCUGAACGAAGACGUGUUCACCACACCGCAGGGCUGCGAAAGUCGGGUCACGCCCGACAUCGUGCAGCUCAGCGAGCAGAUCCACCGGGUCCUGGUGCAGCCGGUGCACAGCGGCAGCUCUCAGGGCUACAGCUCACUCGGGUCCAGUGGCUCGCGAGGGUCUCGCCGUUCCCACCAACAGCACCACAGUGCCUCAGCUGCCUCGUCCAGCGACAGCAACGGCCCCGCCAUGGACGAAGCUGCUGCCGCGGUCGCUUCACACAAGCCUAUGACGUUCCAGCAGAUCUGCAAAGACGUCCACAUGGUCAAGACUAAUGGUCAGCAAGUUUUCAUUGAGUCUCGCCACCGUCCACCACCCAGGAAAAACACCAUCACAGGUGCAUCAAACAUCAGAGCCAUCAAUAGUGACCCAAUCAGAGGUCUGAUAGCGGACAUGACAAAACCACCCAAAGCUUUGGUUCCUGCUCCACUUGUACAGAAGGAGUCCACCACUGGCUACUCCUACCAGCAGAUCAACUGUCUAGACAGCAUCAUAAGAUACUUGGAGAGCUGUAACAUUCCUAACACAGUUAAAAGGAAGUGCGGCUCCUCCUCUUGCACUGCCUCGUCAACGUCCGAUGACGACAAACAGGAAGUCAGCGGCAACAACAAAGGUGGUUCAGUUAGCCUUGUAGGUGAACCACCUCCUCUGCCUCCUCUGACCAUGGCCACAAAAGCAGAGAGUGUAGCCUCAGUUACAUCUCAGUGUAGCUUCAGCAGCACCAUCGUCCAUGUAGGAGACAAGAAACCUCCUGAGUCAGAUAUCGUCAUGGAGGAGGCGCCUACAACUCCUACACUGGCUCCUCCUACUCCUUCUAUACCAUCGACUCUUCCCGCCGCCACCCCGACUCCUCCUGUGUUUGGUUCGACACCUAACGCAGCCAUCGCUCAUCCCCCUCCUCCUCCUCCACCACCACCUCCACCUCCCCCACCUCCUCUCCCUCAAGCCAGUCAGCCAGAGAAGGACAGCUGGAGAAGUGGAAAUGUAGGAGGAGCGGGAGGUGGAGGCGGCCGGCUGGGUCUGACCAAGGAGGUGCUGUCCGCCCACACCCAGCAGGAGGAACAGGCGUUCCUUGACCGCUUCAAGGACCUUAGCAAGCUGCGUGUUUUCGAUCAGACGGCAUCCUCGACUGUGCACUGCCACACCCCAGCUGGCAAUCCUCUGUCACGAGGAGUGCGUUGUUCUCGUGACUACCCAGCUGCAGGAGGCGGCACCGGUCACAGACGUGGUCGUGGCGGCAAGAGACUCAAGCACCAGGAGUCGUCUGACCAACACAGCUCUCUGGGCCUGAGCGGGAGCCGCCGAGACCAUAGACCCAACGCCGCUCCCAUGCCCCUCAACAUGCCCCUUGCUCCCCCCACAACCUCCUCCUCCUGGCCUUCUGUAUGCUCACAGGCCAGCAUUCCCUCUGCCCCCUUUGCCCCCGGCAUGCUUCCGAUCUACCCGAUGUACCCGCCGCUCACACAGCCCUUACCCGUCUCAGAUCCGUCACGUUUCCCCCCCGCACCGAUGGUACCUCCCAUGAUGGCAUUUGUUCUGCCCAACUACAUGUUCCCCCAGAUGGGAGCGCCCAUUGCUCAGCCAGGUGCCACCCCCGGACACUUCUACAAUCCCAACUUCACCUACCCCGGGGCCCCCACAGCCGCCGCCGCUCCCCCGAUUAUUUCCAACCCCGUCACCAUUCCAGGCACCUGCGCCCCGUCUCGUAGCAGCACCCCGCAGUCCUACAGUCAGACGCCCGCUGACCGAGAGGGUGCAGAGUCCCCCCUCUUCCAGUCCCGCUGCUCCUCCCCUCUCAACUUGCUGCAGCUGGAGGAGUCGCCGAGCAACCGGUUAGAAGUCGCCACGGCACUAGCGGUGUCACAGCAAGCCACGCCCUCCGUGCAGGGCGGUGCGGCUGUGGGGCAGAGCUCAGCCAAUCAGAGGAGCGCUGAUGAUGCCUCCAAGGAGAAUGAGAACGGUGAAGCUAAUGAGUCCAACCACGACGAUAUGUCCACCUCCAGCGACCUGCUGGAUCUGCUGCUGCAGGAAGAUUCCCGCUCCGGCACCGGCUCUGCUGCGUCCGGUUCAGGGUCCUCUGGAACAAGAUCCUCAGGUUCAGGCUCUGGCUCCAAUGGCUGCAGCUCCUCUGGCACCAGCGGCACCAGCAGCAGCCAGGGCAGCCACACCAGCAAGUACUUCGGCAGCAUCGACUCAUCGGAGAACGACCACUCCCGCAAACAGCCAGCAGGGGGCAGCAGCAGCGCCGGAGGAGAUGGCGGCGAGGAGCAGUUCAUUAAGUGCGUCCUGCAGGACCCCAUUUGGCUGCUGAUGGCCAACACAGACGACAAGGUCAUGAUGACCUAUCAGCUGCCUGUCAGGGACAUGGAGACAGUGCUGCGAGAGGACCGUGAGGCUUUGAGGAACAUGCAGAAACACCAGCCACGCUUCACCGAGGAGCAGAAGAGGGAGCUCAGCCAGGUUCAUCCCUGGAUCCGCACAGGGCGACUGCCACGAGCCAUCAACAUCUCUGGAUGCGCCGGCUGCAAGUCACCCACUUCGGUGCCUCCCGCCGCCCCAUUCGAUGUGGAGAUCCACGAGAUGGAGCUGUGCAGCGUGCUGAAGGCCGAAGAGGAGAGAGCGAGUGAAACCAAGAAAGACCUCGCGGAGACGGCCAUGGACGACGGUCACCCAGAAGACGAAGACGAGGAGGAAGAGGUGGAGGAGAAAGGAACCAAAAUACAAGACAGCAACCAAGAAAUGACAACAGACGAGCAGACGCCACUGUCAGCCGUGGAUGAGAAAGCAGAGACUUAACUGACAUGAUUCACUAAGUAGGUGGCCAAAUAUGAAAAAAAAAAAACACUAGUGUUUUGUCACAGUCUUUCUACGCUGACACACAAAAUAUGCACCUUCCAGGACUUUUCUGUGCUCUUUACACAAGGCGGAAGAAAAUCGAACCGGGACAUUAAGGUGCAUAUUGAUCAGAAAACUGCCAUUCGUUUGUUAUGGACAGGUCAGGCAGGACUCUUGGCCUCGUUCAUUUCUUCAAGUUUGGCUUUGAUGACAGCACACCAGGCAUGUUCUAUGACUGUAUAUUGAAUGCCUUGGACACCACCAGACACGCACACUCAGUUUUAGAGAGUGAAUUAGUGCUUCUUUUUUUUUUCUCCUUCAGCUGUUCUUGUAGUUUGCAUAUUUAUUUAAGUUGUAAAAUAAGCAGAGAGGACGAAGGUGAAUGUGUUAUAUAUAUAUAUAUAUAAAAAAAUGGCGCCUUUACAUAAAGAUGGAUGUGCUUCACCACAGUGUCCUCCCUGACGUUUUUAAUCUCUCCUGUUCAGGGUUCAGAUCGUGAGGGAAGGUUAGAGGUUACCUGUAACUUCUCUUCUUAUUGAAUGUUUCUGGGAUCUUGCUCCCACCUCGAUCCUGAGUUACGUUUUUAUGCUUUUUUCGGGGGAAGGAGAGGAAUCUUGUCCCAAAUUAACAAACGCCACUUUGACCCAGUAGAGAAAAUGUACAGAAAGAGCCAGGCUAUUUUGUAACAUUGUGUAUAUUUUUAUACUUUAAAAACAGCAGAUAAAAGGGACAAAAAACACCCUAUAGAGUAUCUGUACUGUACAAAGUAUACGUGGAAAUCCAGAAUUGAAAUCUUAUGAAUUUGCUGCAGAAAGAAAAAGCAAUCAGAUCACAGUUUCUGAAAUGGAGACGGUGUUUGUGGCACAGCAGUCAAACUGCUUUAUUUGAUGUACAGUAAGUCGUGGAGCAACGUUGCAAUCGCCAGGAGGACGACCAGGGCCUUUUGAAGGUCUCUCUUUGGCCGGGCAUUAGUUUGUACAUUCGUGUGGUUGCUGCACAGUGAGGAAUGAACAGUGCCGCUCAGAUUCCCUCACAAAUGCCACACACAGUAUUCCCCAAUUUGUCAGCACUCCAUAAGGAGCUGUAACGCCUUGUGUUGCCAGUGCUUGCUCAUGGUGGUGAGUAGAUUUUGAAAGAAGUGGACGUAACUCUGUAAAAACAACAAAAAAACAAAAGAAAAAAAAAACAACAACUCCUAAGAGUUCGGAGAGUGUUUACUAUCUUUUUUCCUCUCUGUCCCUUUCUCUCUUUCUCUUCCUCUCUGUGACACUGUUCUGGUCAUGUGAUAUCCUAUGCUUUAUGGCGUCAGUGGUGACAGUUUCUUAAUAUUUUUGUGAAAUUCUUUGUACAAAAAAAGACAAUAAAAUGACUUGAAAGGCCUUUAAA